AUGAUGGUUCUUCUAAGUAGCUGGAUUUUCAGUUAUCAUGUUUUUGUUAGUUUCUUGUUGCUGAUUAGUUCUGGCAUAACCUAUGGGACUGAAACUGAUAUCUUCUGUUUGAAAUCGAUAAAAAAGUCGAUCCAAGAUCCGAAUAAUUAUUUGAGAUCUUCGUGGAAUUUCAACAAUAAAACUGAAGGGUUUAUCUGUAGAUUUAAUGGUGUUGAAUGUUGGCAUCCUGACGAGAAUAGGGUCUUGAAUCUUAAGUUAUCGAAUAUGGGACUCAAGGGUCAGUUUCCACGCGGCAUUGUUAAUUGUUCGAGUUUAACAGGAUUGGAUCUUUCGAUUAAUGAUCUCUCUGGAACCAUUCCAGUUGAUAUAUCUUCACUUCUAAACUACGUGACGACUCUGGAUCUAUCUUCAAAUGAAUUUUCUGGAGAGAUACCUCUUAGUCUUGCAAAUUGUACUUAUCUGAAUACCCUUAAACUUGAUCAGAAUCAACUUACUGGUCAAAUUCCUCUACAGUUAGGCACUCUCACGCGUCUUAAGACGUUUGAUGUAUCCGACAAUUCAUUGACCGGGCAAGUUCCAACUUUCACUGACGGUAAAGUUGAUGCAAAUUAUGCAAAUAAUCCAGGUCUUUGUGGAUCUCUUUUAUUGGGUGCUUGCAAGGCCAAGGAUUCCUCCAAGAGUAACACUGCAGUUAUAGCGGGAGCUGCUGUUGGUGCGGUGACUCUUGCAGCGUUAGGAUUGGGCGUUGUAAUGUUCUUCUUUGUGCGUCGCGGUUCUUAUAGAAGAAAGGAAGAAGAUCCUGAAGGAAACAAAUGGGCAAGAAGUAUUAAAGGAACUAAAGGAAUUAAGGUGUCUCUAUUUGAGAAAUCGAUUUCGAAAAUGAAAUUGAGUGAUCUCAUGAAGGCUACUAACAACUUCAGUAAUAGCAAUAUCAUUGGGACGGGAAGAACCGGAACCGUUUACAAAGCUACUCUUGAAGACGGCACAGCAUUUAUGGUGAAAAGAUUGCAGGAAUCUCAACACUCCGAGAAAGAAUUUAUGUCUGAGAUGGCGACACUUGGGAUUGUCAAACAUCGUAAUCUGGUUCCUCUUUUAGGUUUUUGUAUGGCCAAAAAGGAGAGGCUUUUGGUCUAUAAAAACAUGCCAAAUGGAAUGCUUCAUGAUCAACUACAUCCUGCUGCUGGUGAUUGCACCCUCGACUGGUCUUUGAGACUCAAAAUCGCAAUCGGAGCAGCCAAAGGAUUAGCAUGGCUUCAUCAUAGCUGCAACCCUCGGAUCAUCCACAGAAACAUAAGCUCUAAGUGCAUCUUGUUGGACGCUGAAUUCGAGCCCAAAAUUUCCGAUUUCGGCCUUGCCAGAUUGAUGAACCCACUCGAUACACAUUUGAGUACUUUUGUAAACGGCGAAUUCGGUGAUUUUGGCUACGUGGCUCCCGAGUAUACAAAAACUUUAGUCGCCACACCUAAAGGCGACGUAUUUAGCUUUGGGACCGUGCUUCUCGAGUUGGUAACUGGCGAAAGGCCUGCAAGUGUGGCUAAAGCGCCAGAAACUUUUAAAGGAAAUCUGGUAGAAUGGAUUGCCGAGCUUACAACAAACUCCAAACUCCACGAUGCCAUUGACGAAUCACUAGUUAACAAAGGCGAUGAUAACGAGCUUUUCCAAUUUCUAAAGGUUGCAUGCAACUGUGUUUCAGAAACUCCAAAGGAGAGGCCAACCAUGUUUGAAGUGUAUCAAUUCUUAAGAGCUAUUGGUAGUAAGUACAAUUUCACAACUGAAGAUGAAAUAUUGAUACCUGAAGAUAUUGGUAUUGAUAACAUGGAUGAACUUAUUGUUGCUAGAGAAAGAAAUAAUUGA